AUGACCCAACCAGAAACAGUCAGGAACCAGCCACCACCCAACCAGGAACAGUCAAGAAAAGCCAUGACCCAACCAGGAACAGUCUGGAACCAGCCACGACCCAACCAGAAAUGCCAGGAACAAGCCACGACCCAAACAGGAACAGUCAGGAACCAGCCAGAAUCCAACCAGGAAAAGUCAGGAACAAGCCACGACCCAACCAGGAACAGUCAGGAACCAGCCAUGAUCCAACCAGGAACCAGCCACAAACCAGCCAAGAGCCAAUCAGGAACAGUCAGGAACAAGCCACGAGCCAACCAGGAACAGUCAGGAACAAGCCAGGAGCCAACCAGGAACCAGCCAAGAGCCAGCCAGGAACAGUCAGGAACCAGCCAAGAGCCAGCCAGGAAAUGCCAGGAACAAGCCAAGAGCCAGCCAGGAAAUGCCAGGAACAAGCCAGGAGCCAACCAGGAACCAGCCAGGAACCAACCAAGAGCCAGCCAGGAACCAGCCAAGAGCCAGCCAGGAACCAGCCAAGAGCCAGCCAGGAAAUGCCAGGAACAAGCCAAGAGCCAGCCAGGAAAUGCCAGGAACAAGCCAGGGGCCAACCAGGAACCAGCCAGGAACCAGCCAAGAGCCAGCCAGAAAUGCCAGGAACAAGCCAGCCAGGAAAUGCCAGGAACAAGCCAGGAGCCAACCAAGAGCCAGCCAGGAACCAGCCAGGAACCAGCCAAGAGCCAGCCAGGAACCAGCCAAGAGCCAGCCAGGAAAUGCCAGGAACAAGCCAAGAGCCAGCCAGGAAAUGCCAGGAACAAGCCAGGAGCCAACCAGGAACCAGCCAGGAACCAGCCAAGAGCCAGCCAGGAAAUGCCAGGAACAAGCCAGGAGCCAACCAAGAGCCAGCCAGGAAACAGCCAGGAACCAGCCAAGAGCCAGCCAGGAAACAGCCAGCAUGUCACGUAG